AUGGCCUGCUCUGGACCGCUGCCUCUCCGGUGUGCCCGCAGCGUCAGCCUUCCCUUCCCCGCUCCUUGCCACCGCAGAGCGCCCGGCCGAACCGUGACACGCCGUCCGUCGCCUGUCCGUGGGCCGGUCCCUUGCGAGCGUGUGCGCACCCCCUCGGCCCUACGCUACAGACCCUCUGUGUUUCCCCCGCCCCGCCACAUCGCUGCCGGGCGUCAGUGCAUCGAAGUGACCCAGUCAUCGAAAGUCUCCUUAAUUUCCGAGGAUCUGUGCAUUGGAUGUGGUAUUUGUGUGAAGGUGUGCCCAUUUAAUGCUAUUCAAAUUAUAAACUUGCCAAGGGAACUUGACAAGGAGACAACACAUCGCUAUGGACCAAAUUCCUUCAAACUUCACAGGUUGCCGGUUCCAAGGCCUGGGAAAGUUUUGGGCUUAGUAGGGACAAACGGUAUUGGGAAGUCAACUGCACUUAAUAUUCUGGCUGGAAAGUUGAAGCCUAACCUGGGUAAAUUCAUGGAUCCACCAAAUUGGGAUGACAUACUGAAGCACUUUCAUGGAAAAGAACUUCAGAAAUACUUUACCCGUUUUUUGGAAGACAAAAUGAAGACAAUUAUUAAACCUCAGUACGUCGAGCAUAUUGCAAAAUCUGUUGAAGGGACAGUUGGCGACAAGCUUAAUAAGAUAGGCAAGAGACAAGCCAAAGAUACUUUGUGUGAUAUUCUCGACCUGAAUCAAGUAAUGGACCGAAAUGUAUCAGAUCUAUCUGGUGGCGAGCUUCAGAGAUUUGCAAUAGCUGCUCGGGCUAUGGAAGAUGCAGAUGUUUAUAUGUUCGAUGAGCCAUCCUGCUAUCUUGAUGUCAAACAAAAGCUGAAAGCUGCACAAGUUAUUCGCUCAUUACUUCAGCCCAAGAACUAUGUAAUUGUUGUGGAGCAUGAUCUUAGCAUUCUUGACUACUUGUCAGACUACAUAUGUUGUCUUUAUGGGAGUCCAGGAGCAUAUGGUGUUGUCACUUUACCCUUUUCAGUUAGGGAAGGAAUCAAUAUUUUCCUGAAUGGCUUUAUCCCAACAGAAAAUAUGUGCUUCCGUGAGGAGAAACUUACAUUUAGAGUUACUGAGUCUGCUGAGGAGAUAACGGAGGGUGAGACUUACCAAAGCUACAAAUAUCCUACCAUGAAGAAAACAAGAUCUGGCUUCAAGCUAUCGGUCAUGAAAGGAAGCUUUAAUGAUUCCCAAAUAAUUGUACUGCUCGGAGAAAAUGGUACUGGGAAGACAACAUUUAUCCGUAUGCUGGCAGGACAAGUGAAGCCAGACAGAGUGGGUGAUGAAGAAGUUGAUAUGCCAGCAUAUAGUGUCUCAUACAAACCUCAGCAACUGAUACCCAAAAUUAGCACUACCGUGAGAGAGCUUCUACACAGGAAAAUACCUGGAUCUUGCACCGAUGCACAGUUCAGAUCUGAUGUCAUGAAACCACUGAAAAUUGAAGAACUCAUGGACAGGAAGGUUGAAAACUUUUCUGGUGGGGGGCUACAAAGGGUUGCACUUUGUCUUUGUCUUGGAAAGGCUGCUGAUAUUUACCUCAUCGAUGAACCAAGUGCCCAUCUUGAUUCAGAGCAGCGCCUUCUUGCAGCAAAGGUCAUCAAAAGGGCAUGUUUUGGAGCUUGCAAACAUGAAGUCUACGAACCGUCAAUUCAUCUCUUUGCGUCUGCCAGUGCUUUCGGGCUCUACGCGCUUGCAGGCAUGAAUUCUCUAAAGGAUUGGAAACUGAAACCUUGGCAAAGUAUUAUAGCUUCGGAGGUUCUGAUCUAA